AUUUACUUCAUAUACAAUACAAGAAGGAAGAGGUCACACACAGACACCCACACCUCUCCCACCAUUUCACCUUCCUUUGCCUUUUUUUUCCUUUUUUUCUUUAUUUUCUUCCACACCCAUUUGUGAGAUUCUUGCAGUGGUCUUUUCUCUUCCACUGGAUUGUACAGAUUCCCAAUUAAUAACCCAUCUUAAUCCCUUCACUUCUGAAUUCUGAUUGAUUUUGGGAUUUUUUUUCCCCUUGAUUUUCCCUUUUUCUUCUUCUUCUUCUUCUGUUUUCAUUUCUCUUUUUUGGGUUUUUUGAGGCAAAACUCUUCUGGGUCUUUCAGCUAUUGAUUGUUUCUGCAAUUUCCCUUUUCUGGGUUUUUUUGCAGAAAAGGGUUUUGUGCCCAGUAGCUUGAAGAAAAAACCAAUCAUAUAUAUAUUUUUGUAUCAUUUUUGUGAAUAAAUUAGUUUUUUACCCAGUUUUUCUUUUGUAAUUUUCUUUAUCUACUUGAGGAGAAAUUUUUAAAAGGAAGAGAAGGACAUGGGCAAGCAAGGGCCUUGCUAUCACUGUGGAGUUACAAGCACACCACUUUGGCGUAAUGGGCCUCCUGAUAAGCCAGUAUUGUGCAAUGCCUGUGGAUCUCGAUGGAGGACGAAGGGAACUCUUGCAAACUAUACCCCUCUUCAUGCUCGGGCGGAUCCUGAUGAGUAUGAGGAUAAAAGGAUGUCUAGGUGGAAGAACUUGUCAAUGUGUAAGAACAAAGAAGUGAAACUGCUUAAAAGAAAACACUGUCAAGAUAAUGGAGUUGUGGUUGAGGUUAUCCCUGAUCAUGCUCAGAGCUUUCACAAGGCAGUGGAUGAAGAUACAAGUAAUAGAUCAAGUUCUGGAUCAGCCAUAUCGAACUCUGAGAGCUGUGCACAAUUUGGUGGUGCAGAUGCAAGUGAUCUAACAGGUCCCUCACAGUCAACAGCGUGGGAGGCAAUGGUGCCUUCUAGAAAGAGGACCUGUGUUGGUCGUCCAAAGUCUACUGCAGUUGAGAAACUCACUAAAGAUCUAUACACCAUUUUACGUGAACAGCAGUCUUACUUCUCUGGAUCUUCCGAGGAGGAUUUGCUUUUCGAGAAUGAAACUCCGAUGGUCUCCGUAGAGAUAGGACAUGGAAGCGUUCUCAUGAGGCAUCCGAGUUCAAUUGCUCGAGAAGAGGAGUCAGAAGCGAGCUCAAUUUCAGUUGAUAAUAAACAAUUCUCUGUAAAUGAAGUUCAUUCAGAGUCGUCCAUCCUUCCUGUACAUUAUGAAACUCAGAACAAGGUUGUAAAUUUUUCUACUCUUGGAAUUGGGAGAAAGCACUCUAUUGGACAGGGGUUCGUGCAAGAGCAAAUUAAAAGGGACAGGCCUCAAUCAGAAAGAAUGCAAGCACUUGGAAAUCAUAAUUCGCCUCUCUGUAAAAUAGAUCUAACUGACAUUCUAAACUUCAGAGAGUUUACGAAGCAAUUGACGAGUGAAAAUCAGCAAGAAUUAAUGAAGUAUCUGCCUUCUGUUGAUACUGAAGAGCUUCCGGACAGCUUGAAUAACAUGUUUGAAAGCCCUCAAUUCAAGGAGAAUUUGAAUUCUUUUAAGCAGCUGCUCACUGAAGGAGUCUUUGAUUUCUCCUUUCCGGAUGCAAAAAGAGAAGACUGCAAGACUUUGAGUAGGCUGGUGUUGUUGGAUUUGUCAAAAUCAAAAUGGGUGGAACGAUAUCAUUCACUCAAGAAAUGUAGUAGUGAAGAGUCUGUUCAAGGUUUUGCUGCUGCAUCAAGUAGCUUUAUGAAUGGCAAGAGAGUGCUUGAUGGCCAAAACAAAAAGCUUUCAGAAACAAGGACUGCAAUGAAGAGUCCCAAAAGGGUGAUGACGAAGACAAGCGUGGAAAGCAAGGAACUUGUUGACAGCGACGGUUCUUGCUUCAGUCCAAGAAGUUUAUUUGCUUUGCCUUCUGAUGGAGGUUCCUUCACACUGGAAUCUCUGCAUUUUGAUGAGGAUAGUUCUGACCAGGAUCUCCUGCUGGAUGUGAGGUCAAACAGCUCCUUUCCACAAGCAGAGCUUCUUCAUCCAGCCCUGAGUUUUGGUGCUCAACAGGCAAGCAAUAGUAGUAGCUCGGUAAAUCUUCGACUUAUGCAUCACUGACAAUUUCGGAUAACCACCACAGUUUCAUAACUUAAACAAAGUAUAUUUCUUUCUCUUGCUGGAUGAAACUGGAAAUGAAAAUGGUCUGAAUGUGGGUUAUGGUUGAUUUCUCUUCUUUACCCUUCAAUCACCCUUAUAAACUUGCGGCUAUAAGGGGGGAUUUGGGUAGGCUUUUUUUUUUGUAAAUGCAACAGCUGACUGUAAUAGAUAGCUCCCAUCUCAGAAGUUAUAAGGUUUAGAUUUUUGUACAUGGGUAGUACAUUUUUUACUUGCAUAAUAAUGUUUUGUUUUUCUUCUGGCAUGGAAUGCACAACUCUUUUUUUUUU